AUGACAUCGACAUUAGCUUCCGAAGUCAAUGAUGGUAGUAAAAUCUAUCGACUGAAUCAACAUAUUGCUGCCUUUGUAACCUCUCUUGGUGGUUUCGCUUUCGGUGUCACGCUUGGGUGGAAUUCUAAUGCUGGAGAAAUUCUUCGAAACAUUUUGAAUGUUAGCAGUACUGAAAUUAGUCUUGUCGGUGGUAUUUUGAAUGCCGGUGCCUGUGUUGGCAUAAUGUUUAUGCCAUUUUUAAUGAAGUACUUUAGCCAUAUUACAGCUAUGUUCUUAACUAUGCCAGGAUUUAUAGCCGGAUGGACAUUAAUUUGUUGCGCCGAUCAAAAAAUUUCACUCCUUAUAAUUGGUCGAUUUGUAUGUGGCAUGAGCGGUGGAGCAUUCUGUAUUCUGACACCGAUUUAUAUCGCGGAAAUUGCAGAUCAGAAUUUGCGCGAACGACUUCUUAUGUAUUUUCAUCUUUUAAUCAACUGUGGAAUUAUGUAUGCCUUUGCAAUCGCUCAUAUUACAAUAAAUGUCUUAAAAAAUCGACAUACGGCACGUUCAUUCUUUACGUGUUUCUUUGCCUUUUUGACCCAACAAUUAAGUGGCGCUAAUAUUAUGAUCUUUUAUGCAUUGACACUGUUUAAUGUUGGCGGAUCGGGCGACUUAACCGGAAGCGAACAAACCGUCGUCGUUGGUGGCGUGCAAAUACUAUUUUGUUUUUUAGCGAUGAGUCUAAUAGAUAUAGUUGGACGUCAAAAAUUGUUAAUUGCAUCCUCAAUGCUUAUGGGAUUGUUUCUGAUAUUGUUAGGAUGGUUUUACAAAUUAAGGGAUCAGGAUCCAGAAUAUGAUGACAUUUACUUCUGGAUGCCAUCGACUUGGACAAUUCUCUUUUUUGCUGCUUUUAAUGCUGGCGUUGGACCAAUUUCAUGGACGCUGUUAGGCGAUAUCUUUCCUAUGCAAAUCAGAAAAACUGCCAUUGCAUGUACAGUCACUUUCAAUUGGCUGCUAUCUUUAAUAACUAUAAUAACCUUCGGAGAAAUAUUGAAUGCUUUUGGUGUCUCGAAGACCAUGUGGCUUUUUGCUGGUUUUUGUUGGAUAGCUGGAGGUCUUUGCGCCUUACUUUUAAAGAAUACCGCCGGUUAUAGUUUGGCUAAGAUACAAAAGAGUUUUGGCAUUGAGGUUGAACAAGUAGAAAUAGACGACACAGAUCAAAUCUGAAAUAUUGAUAAUUGAAAAAAUGCGAAUAACUAGGCAAUUUUGAAGAAUAGGUUUGCUAGAAGAUGAAUGUCUUUUCAUCGAUAUAAUAUACAAUAAAAUACAUACAUGAUAAUUUAAUAGCC